AUAUUUAAAUAACAGUAUAAUAAAAUUAAGGAAGCAAAUAACGUCGGCACGCCAGAAAUCACAUGAACCAAAAGCAACAACAAACCCCUAUGCCGGAAAUCCCCAUUCCGGCCGGCUGCCGGAGAAUUCCGGUGCUGGGUUUCGGCACGGCAGCAGAUCCUCCUGUGGAACCAGAAAUCGUUAAAACUGCAAUUGUUCAAGCAAUUGAGGUUGGGUAUAGGCAUUUUGACACAGCUGCUUUAUACAAUUCUGAAGAACCACUGGGUGAAGCCAUAAUCGAAGCAAUUAAUGGCGGCUUACUUGAAUCUCGUGAACAAUUGUUUAUCACUUCAAAGCUAUGGUGUAGUGAUGCUCAUCCUCAACAUGUUCUUCCUGCUCUCAACAAAACCCUACGGAAUCUACAGAUGGAUUAUAUUGAUUUAUAUCUGAUACACUGGCCAGUGAGCUCUAAGCCAGGAAUUCAUGAGUACCCAAUUAAAAAGGAGGACUUCCAUCCAAUGGAUUUCAAGUCAGUUUGGGCAGCAAUGGAAGAGUGCCAUAAACUUGGAUUCACCAAGUCCAUCGGAGUUAGCAACUUUUCUUGCAAGAAGCUUGCUGAUGUUCUUGCCAUUGCCAAGAUUCUCCCUGCUGUUAAUCAGGUAGAAGUAAGUCCAUGUUGGCAGCAACAGAAGCUGAGAGAGUUCUGUAAGAGAAAUGGAGUUCUUGUUGUUGGAUAUAGUCCUUUAGGAUCCAUAGGUACCUUUUAUGGAACCAACAGAGUUAUAGAAUCUGAAGUGCUCAAAGAAAUAGCAAAGGCCAAAGGCAAGACCGUCGCGCAGGUUGCUCUAAGAUGGGGUUAUGAGCAAGGCAUUGGUGUGGUCGUGAAGAGCUAUAACAAAGAGAGAAUAAAACAGAACCUUCAGAUUUUCGACUGGUCAUUAAGUGAUGAUGAGUGCAGAAAGAUCAGUGAAAUCCCACAAUGUAGAGCUUGUCUUGGUAAGGAUUACACAUCUCCUUAUGGACCUUACAAGACAAUUGAACAACUCUGGGAUGAAGAACUGUGGUUACUUUAGUUUCCAGUAUUAAGCAUAUUGUUCCAGUAAUUCUUCCUGUUGUUAUGUCUUCCUCCUAAUUGUGGUAGUUAGUUGUAUGUAUAUCAAGAUUGAGAUAAAAAGGGCCAAAAAUUCAUCCAGUUCCUUUUUGUA